GGGAUAUUCCAGCAACUCUCUGUUUUACAUGAGCUAAAUCUAGACUACUGCGAUAUUACAAAUCUACAUCCUCUUGUCUUUUCGGGGUUGGAAUCGCUUCAGAAGUUGAGUUUGGAAGGAAACAACAUCGAGCAUAUUCAUGAUGGUGUAUUGUCGGGGUUGGGUCAAAUAAAAAGUAUUAACUUUGACGGAAACCGGAUCGCAUACUUGGAGGAGCUAAUAUUCUCAAAUAACUGGAAACUCACAAAUCUUUCCUUGGCCAACAACAAAUUAACGCGCCUAAAUAAAGGCACUUUCAAGCCGAUCUUUUCUUCAAUUUCAUCACUUGAUCUAUCGAUGAACCCAAUUAAUUGUAACUGUGAUCUAAAGUGGCUUAUUGAUUGGUUAAAUGAACCUAUAGGCCUUAUAGACAAGGACAAAACUAUCUGUUCGUCAGCAUCUCUGGAGCCUCUUCGUGAGAAACCCCUGCUUGAUUUUGAGCCAAAUGAACUCUGUAUAUUCAACAAUGGUCUUCUCUUUUUGAUUCCCCUCGCCUCCAUUAGCUUGAUUAUAAUCAUCGUGUUGUUGUAUCACUACCGAUGGCAGUUGAGGUACAAACUCUUUCUCUUGAAACUGGCCGUAGUGGGCUAUAAAGAGAUGCGAGACGCUCGAGACCACAAUGACUACGAGUUUGACGUGAACAUCAUUUUCUACGACGAUGACGAAGGAUGGAUUCGCGAACAGCUCCAACCGGCUCUCGAAGAACGGCUUCCACAGUUUCAGAGGAACGUCUUUGGUGACGAAGACCUUGUGCUGGGUAUGCAUUACCUAGAUUCUGUCGAUUACGUGGUGAGCCAUAGUUACAAGACCAUCAUAGUGCUUAGCAAAGCUGCUGUGCACGACCACUGGUUCAUACUCAAGUUACGUACGGCAAUGGACCACGUGAGUGAUACUCUGACGGAAUUCGUACUCGUGGUCUUCCUCGAAGACAUCCCAGAUGAUGAAAUGCCAUUCUUGGUGAGGUUGUACCUCAAUGAUGGCAGACCCUAUAUCCACUGGACUGAGAACGUGAGAGGACAAGAUUAUUUCUGGGAUGAAUUGACCAAAAAUCUGACCAUUAAUCUAAAGACGAAUGACUUGAUCCCAAACGAGUAGCAUUCAUGUACUUGUGAU